UGAAGAUCUUGUGACUCGUUGUGCAAAACAUGGAAAAAUUGGAAUGAAAAAAUUUAUGUUUUACCAAAUGCCAUUUUUAAACCAAUAUACCGAUAGUUCUCUGUCUGUCAUAGAAAAUUAUUUAGUAGUAGUUACAAAUUUAAAUCAGAUUACAGUACAAAAACAUCCAAAUUAUGGCUGGACUGUUACUGCCGAAGCAGUACGUACUGAUGAAUCUGUGAGCUUCACACAACAACAGAUUAAACAAUUAAUUGAAGCUCAAAAACAGGAUAAUAUUCGCCAAUCUGAGCUCCUAACUAGUCUCUUGCAAAAUCCUGAGGCAACACCAAAUAUUACUGCCACAAUAUGGAAAAGUACUAUUAGUAAUGUCAAUACUAGUUAUGUCCUUCAAGCUCCUGAUGCUAUCUAUUUCUUUGUUGGCGUAAGAGACAUCAAGCUUCAUCUAUAUGAAUUUGCAAGAAAAGGAUUUUUUCCAUUAAAUGGUCUUAUAGCUGUUAGAAUCAUAAAAUCCACUAAAGCAUUAUUAUCUAAUACUUUCAAUCAUGAUCCAAAAACUUUGUAUUGUCAAAUAGAUUUUGUAUCAGUUAUUGGUACUCCUGGAUGGGAAGAAUUUGCCUCAUUUGGGAAACGAAUGGGAAUUUAUUCCAAAUGUGAAUUUUAUCUCUCUGAUGUUUUAUCAGAGCAAAUUAAACAAUUCGAGAAAGUACGUGCAAA